AUGAACAAGCCACGCGAGUCAAAAGUGGUCGAUAUUGACAGCAGCGACGAUGACGCGGCGGGCGAUGACAGCAACAAGCGCAAGGAUGGCGUAAUUGAUCUUACCAACGACGACGACGAUGAUGUUGUUAUCAAGAGCACGCCAAAGCCACAGCCACCACAGCAGCCAAUAUCAUUCGAUCCGCUGUCUCCAUCUGCACCGGUGUGUAUUGGUGAAAUAACAUGCACUGCACUCGUGAUGAUUCCUUCGAAUUAUAUCCAAACGACUCCCGAGGUUUGGAAGGACGUCCGCUUGGCUUAUGUGCCUCAACUCAAUCAUUCUACUCAGAAUCCUCCAAUUGAAACUAUACGCGUAUACCCUCCUGCUCAUGUUCUCGGACAGACUCCUGCACUUAGCCUCGGUGCUGGUCAGAUGCGCAUCCAGGACAGCUUUGCCGUUGUUGAUCGCCGCACUGCGGGCGUUUUGGGCCCUUUGAUGCUUCAGCGUUGUGUACGAAUUGAAGGCGUCGUUAAAACAAAGUCAGGAAGCCCAAUGAUGCUCCCUAUGAAACUCCUUCUAUUCACCAGACGUGACUUAAUGGAGAAAAUUGCACACGUUGUCCUCCACGCAGGCAUUGCCAUCGAAGAGCCAGAAAGAUAUAGACCAGACAAACAUUGCAACGCUUGGUAUGAGUCGCCUGCUAUUGUCAAGACCUUUAGUAAACAUGGUUUUCCUUCUACUAAUAUACCCUCCUAUGGCCCACUCACUAAUGACUCGUCCUCCUCCCUCAAUCCUUACUCUUAUCGGCCUCAAUACACUGGCCACGCAAAGACAACCGAAGUCAAUCGCUCUCAGCAAGCUAACGAAAUGCUUGGCAAAAUAUCCGUCGAUGAACUCCCUGAAACUCUCGCUUCAUCUAGAAUAGCGACUACUCUCUACCCUCAUCAGAAACAGGCGCUGACUUUUUUACUUGAGUGCGAACGUGAUCCUCGUAGAUCCACAAAUGAAUCUGACAAAUUCUCCUUCUGGAAGCAAAGUAAAGAUAAAAGGAAAUUCCAGCAUAUUAUCACACACAACUACCUCAACCAGGAACCUGCUGGAUGUCGCGGUGCUAUUUUAGCAGACGAUAUGGGACUCGGUAAGACUAUCUCAGUUGUCGCGUUGAUUGCGUCCACGUUCGAGUCUGCAAAUGAUUAUGCAUUGGCUGGUCCGAGUAAAUCAGACACAGAAAAAAAACCAAAGAGGCAGGAAAUGAAAGCUCCAGAUGCUUCCCAUUUCAGUAGCAAAUUCGCUAUACCUGGCAUGCCUCAAUCUAACUCUGGUAUUACCGACUCAUUUCGAAAAGAAAAUGACGACCAACUCGAAGGUGCUUCUGGAAAAUCACGUCGAUUGCGCAAAGAGAGGCUUCAAAUUAGGAGUAAAGCGACUGUAAUUGUCAGUCCCUUAUCUACGCUAAGUAAUUGGGAGGAACAGUUCAGUGAUCACAUGACAACUAAGCCGCAUUUCUAUCGUCAUGAGGAAAGACCGCCAAGAAAACGCAAAGACGAUGGACUGAAUAUUUAUAUAUAUCAUGGCAAUAAUCGCAAGAAAGAGGUGUCAUUUCUGAUGCAAUUUGAUGUCAUUCUCACCGCCUUCUCCACCGUCGCUACUGAGUUCAGCAAACAGGAUACUGCCAUCAAGAAACUUCAUCUUGCGCAAGAGAAAUGGGAUGAGAUGUUGGAGAAUGGUACGGCUUUCGCGAAUACCAAUGGAGUUAGCGACGAUGAUGUAUCCUUUGUGUCUGACAGUGCAAGCGCAUCCGGAGCCUCCUCAUCGAAACCUACCAAGUUGCCACCAUCAUCAUCAUCAUCAUCGACGUCCAAGCCAAAGGGUAAAGGCAAGCGUAAGAAGAAGGGUGAGGAUGAUCUUGAGGGUCUCUGUCCAGAGAUGCUAGCAGAAUUGGAGCAGAAUGCCAUCAACUAUACUUCUCCACUUCAGCAAAUCGAGUGGUUCAGAAUUGUGCUCGACGAAGCCCACUAUAUCAAAGAUCCAUCAACCAUGAUGUCAAAGGCAGCUUCUGAACUAGCAGCUGAGAGAAGGUUGUGUUUGACGGGUACGCCUAUCCAGAACAAAAUUGAAGACCUUUAUGCUCUGUUGAGGUUCUUGCAUCUCGAACCAUUUGAUGAGCGCGAGACGUGGAACACGUUUAUUGGCACACCCAUUAAGCAGCAGCUCAAUGUAGGAUUUGCGAGGAUCCAGAUAAUUAUGAAGCAUAUAACUAUGCGUCGUACCAAGGAAAUGAAGAAUAAGGAUGGUACCCCGAUUGUCUCCCUCCCUGAUCGGUCUGAUGAGUUGCGUUCGUUGGAAUUCAACCCCCGAGAGAGGGCUAUAUAUGAAAAUCAACAUGGUAAAUCUAAGGACAAGUAUCUAGAUUUACGUGAUGCUGAUGGUUUGUCACGUGGUGGUUUUAUUAGUAUUUUGCAGGAAUUACUUCGUUUGAGGAUGAUAUGCGACCAUUACUGUCUAUGUCCAGAUGCUGUGAACGCGUUUGCUGAAUCACCACUCGCACAAGCGCAAGCUAUCUUUCAGGUAAUGCGCGACUCAGAAACUGCAAAUUGUUUGGAAUGCUACUACGACUUUGUCCAAGCGCAGCUCCCUGGUGCGCCCAAGGAAGAAGAGGACGAGAAGCCGCUGUAUGAUGAAAAAGAUAGGGAUUUCAAAAAGCCGAAGAAGGAAGCAGGAGGAGGAGGAGGAGCACCAAGUAAUGCCGUGGCACUUCCAGUUCUCAAUCUCCAGUGUAACCAUCUGUUAUGCAGCAACUGCAUACAAAAACACAUUGGCGUAUGGCCCGAAUUCGAGCCAUUUAAUUGUCCAGAUUGCAAGGAGCUGGUCAGCGAUCGUGAAAAGAUUAUCCAAAUCAGUAACUUCAACGACACCUUUGCGUCUGUCGACAACGAUCUCGCCAAGUUUGAAGACGAGCUGCCGACUUCGAAGCGGAAGAAAAGGAUCGAAAGACCGGAGGAGUUUUCGACCAAGAUAGAAGCACUGCUUCACGAUCUCGCUGAAAUAUCAACAACGAAUCCUCACUCACCCAACUACGACACACUCAAUUUCGAUGUCGACAUCAAAGCUACACCGAACAAAACGAUCGUAUUCAGUCAGUGGACGUCUAUGCUGGAUUUGAUUGAAUAUGGAUUGAAGGAGUGUCAAAUUGGAUACGGUAGACUCGAUGGAACUAUGCAGCGUGAUCAGCGUGCUUUCGCUCUUGAAAGACUCAAAUUUGAUCCCAAGUGCGAAGUGCUCCUUAUAUCACUGCGUGCAGGUGGUGUAGGAUUGAAUCUGACUACAGCAAAUAGAGUAUACAUGAUGGACAGCUGGUGGAACGUCGCAGUGGAGAACCAAGCAGUCGACCGUGUGUGUCGUAUUGGUCAAAAACGCCCCGUGCAGGUCGUCCGCUAUAUCAUACAGAACACUAUCGAGGAGCGCAUUCUGCAGAUACAAGAACGCAAAACAGAGCUCUUCAAGGGCGUCCUCGGAUCUGGACGCCAGAGGUCCAAGGAAGAGGAGAGGAAGGAGAUGCUCGAGAAUAUCGCUAUCAUGUUUGGAGAGUCGCCCGAGUCUGCGCAUGUGAGGAAAAACAUGUAG